GCAACAACACAAAACAUUCUUCUCUCUCUCUCUCUUCCAAAAAAGAAAAAAAAAACUCAAAAUCUCUUAAAAACAAAGUUUCGAUCUCUGCCUUUAACCCUUAGCGUCGCCUCUCUCUCUAUCUCUCUCUCUACAUUCUCAAGAUUUCUCCUCAGGAGAUCGUCUCAGAGAGGUGUAAGGAUUAAACAAAACAAUUAUAAUGGCAGAUUAUCAUAUGCAACCGGUUCUUCAAAAACCCCCGGGUUACAGAGAUCCUAACAUGGCGUCUCCUCCUCCUCCUCCUCCUGUUUCUCAACAGCCUAUGAGAAAAGCCUCCGCCGCUACGCCUACUUCUUUCCGACCGAAGCGAAAACGCAGAAGCUGCUGUCGUUUCUGUUGCUGCUGCAUUUGCAUUUCUCUUGUCCUCUUGAUAUUUCUCCUCUUAGUCGGGACUGCUGUUUUCUACCUCUGGUUCGAUCCCAAGCUUCCUACUUUCAGCCUCGAUUCGUUCCGUCUCGACGGUUUUAAACUUGCAGACGAUCCCGACGGCGCUUUUCUCUCCGCCACAGCCGUUGCGCGCGUUGAGAUGAAGAACCCUAACUCGAUACUCGUUUUUUACUACGGAAACACCGCGGUGGAGAUGAGCGUUGGGAGUGGAAACGACGAGACGGGGAUGGGGAAAACUACGGUGGAUGGGUUCCGGCAAAGUCCGAGAAACUCGACGAGCGUGAAAGUGGAGACGGCGGUGAAGAACCAGCUCGUGGAGAGAGGUUUGGCUAAGAGACUUGCUACAAAAUUACAGAGCAAAGAUUUGGUGAUUAAUGUUGUUGCAAAGACUAAAGUUGGAUUAGGUUUCGCCGGGAUUAAGAUCGGAAUGCUCGCCGUUAAUUUGAGAUGCGGUAGCGUUAGCUUGAACAAGCUUGAAACUGAGUCACCAAAGUGCACCCUCAAUACUCUCAAAUGGGUGAAUUUACAAGGAUGAGGUAAAGGAUAAUUUGGGGGUGGCGGCAAUCUAACAUUUGUAUGGAUAUGUGUAACUAUAUUGUAGAUUUAUAUAUUUUUCUUGUCUUUUUUUAUGUUCUAUUUUUUCGUGUUUUAUAUAAUGAAUUAUUAUUACACAUUUUAAAAUUUAUUUCAUUUAAUUUUCGGUGCAUCAAUGUGGGAACAUAUAGAGAGUGUUGUGUUAUUUACUUAUUUUUUUCGUGUGUGAUAGGUUUUUGGUGUAAUAGUUUUAUCGUGAGUUGUGUUAUUUGGGAUGGAAAUAUGA